CUGCAGUGGUUGGUGUCUCUCAGGGAAGGAACGAUGCUGUUGUUGGUUAUUGUCAGUGUUUUUCUCUCCGUGGGUCACUCAGAUCCCGCUGUGGACUCCUCGUACGUCGCUGCGGUCUAUGAGCACCACGUCGUCCUGAACCCGGAUCCUGGAGUCCCUCUGAGCCGCAGCGAAGCUUUGCAACACCUGAAGAAGAACCUGGACAUCUACGAGGAGCAGGCAGCCCGGGCAGCCCAGCAGGGGGCUCAGAUCCUCGUGUUUCCGGAAGAUGGCCUCCAGGGUUUCAACUUCACCCGCUCAUCCAUCUCCAGCUACCUGGAAACCAUUCCUGACCCCCAGCAGGAGAGCUGGAACCCUUGCACAGAGCCAGGAAGAUACAACACCACUGAGGUUCUCCAGAGGUUGAGCUGUAUGGCCCGUCGGUACAACCUCUACCUGGUGGCAAACAUGGCCGUCUGCAGCCCUUCCCCUGCAGAGCGCUCCUCCUCCUCCUGUCCGCUGAUGGACGCUGGGCAGUUCAACACUGAUGUGGCUUUUCAGGUAGAGUGCAGACCUGAAAGUAGAAAUCUACAAAAUGCUCAAACACACAGCUUCUGGCUGUACUUCGAGCAGGCCUUCGACAAACUCCGCAGCCUGAGAUUCAUAACAUUUGAUACGCUUUUGCGGGAAAGUUUGGGCCUCAUCAUCUGCUUUGACAUCCUGUUCCAUGAUCCUACAGUUGCCCUGGGUGUACGUCAGCUGAUCUUCCCCACAGCCUGGAUGAGCCAGCUUCCCCUCUUGGAUUCCAUCCAGUUUCAGCGGGCGUUUAGUCUGGGUGCUAAUGUCAGUCUACUGGCUGCAAACAUCCGCCACGACCGACUCAUCAUGUCAGGAAGCGGAAUCUACACACCUUUUUCAGCCACCUACCACCACGCAAAGACAGGAGCAGAGGAGGGGAGGCUGCGGUGGUGGCAAGAGUGCCCAGUGCUAGACCCACUGUGGGCGGGACAGGGCGUAGCUACAGAGUCGUCAUCAUCAUCGGCUACAGAUUCUGGCUACUGCCACCAAGACAGCUGCAUUGAUCCUCCUCCUCCUCCGGUCCCUCCCUCCUAUGUCACCUUCACCUCAUCCAUGAUGUAUGAUCCAUUUAAAUUCAUCCUCUUAAACAACACAGAGGACAAGCUUCAAGUGUGCGACGGCGCUUUUUGCUGUCGCCUGCAGUACAAGUUUCUACCACAAGACGGCAGUAAAGAGCUCUAUGCUCUGGGUGCCUUUGCAGGAACUCACGUUGUCAACGGACGUUACGCCCUGCAGGUGUGUGCAGUCGUCCGCUGUGCAGACCUGGAAGCAGGCUCCUGUGCGACAAGAAGUGAAAGAAGCAGAGUCGAAAAUGGAGUUGUUCUUGAGGGGAUGUUCGGGACCAGAUAUGUGUAUCCAUCAGUUUUGGCGAGCGGUGUGGUCCUGGAGCAGCCACAGACUCUGGAGAAAACUGCAGAUGGGAGAGUGACCAUGAAACACUGGAACAUGACAGGCGGCCUGGUUACUGCCUGUCUGUAUGGACGAAUGUACCACCUGGACAGUGAGUAGAUGUGCCGCAAAGAGGGGACACUAAAUGCGUUUAAAAUGAUAAAAACAGCUGAAAAUGUUCCGGUAAUGACAUUCAGCUUUUGUAUUAUAUCAUAUACAAACUAAAAUCAAAAACAAAUUUCUUUAUUCAUCUACUUUUACUUAAUCUUUACAAACAUUGCACCAAGUAGCAUUCAUCCUCCGCCUGAAAGUUGCAUAUUCCUAUAAAGGCAAUAUUUAAUCAUUUCUCUCGCUCUCACUCCCCCACACACACACACACAGUCACACACAUAUUCACACAGUAUUCGCCACUUUCCCGCCUCCAGUACGGAACAGACAUUAAGUAGUUACAGCAUCACAAGUGAAUAAUUCCUUGGGCCGCUCAUUCAGGCUGUCAGCCAACUGACUCCUGAACCAGUUGUACAGUAAAUGGGUCUUACAUCCACCUGCUGUCAGGAUCACCCCUCAAGGAUUCAAUCAAUAAAUACACAGGAUUCACAAAUGACCUCCUCUCCUUAGGAAUCGAAAAGUGGUUCCUAAUUCUCAACACAGCAUUCCCAGUGUCCUUGAGUGACAGUCGUCGGUGUCUGCCGUCACAGCUAAAGAAGACCUCGGAAUAAAAAAAAAAAAAAAAAACCAACCUAAAAGUACAGCAGGGAAAACACUUAAUCACGUGUCCCGCAAGAUUGUCCCUCUGUUUUGUUUUUCUUUUGAAUAUUGUGCCUAAACAGCAGUCCUCUGUAGAUGCUUCUCUAAUAAAAUGGAAGGAAA